UGUGGCGUGGGAGAUAUUCGAGCAGGGAAAAAUCAAAGGACAGGUCGGUUUCCCGGUAAAGCACGUCCGUAUAUAACUCUCCGUGGACCUUCGGAACUCGCUCGCUCGCUCGCUCUCUCUCUCUCUCUCCUCCAUUGACCGACUGUUUUUGAGUCUUGAAAUGGAGGUUCAAACACAAGCUGUUUCAAACUUUGAGCUCCAGUCAAAGACUCCAUUCUCUUCUUACACUGUUGACGAAAUGAACCCGUCCUCCCCAGAGUUCGCUUCCCACGAAGACUUCCCGACCUCCAGAGCGCCCGAAUCAUUCCCCACGGGCACUCCGAAUACCGACUGUUUGGACUCUCACGAGGCCGUUAAUGAACCGCCGUCGGUAAAUGGUGGUCAACUAGGCGAAGGCCAUGGAGCAACUGCUUUCACUUCCGAAGAUAGCGACUGGUCGCUGGAGACUGACGUGGAAUCCACGCUGCUGGUGGGCUCCACCAGGAAUGAGCCGGGCUCACUGGGAAGCGCGGCGGUGAAGAUGCAGAAGGUCUACCGGAGCUAUCGCACGCGGCGUAGGUUAGCGGACUCCGCGGUUGUAGCCGAAGAGCUCUGGUGGCAAGCGUUAGACUAUGCUAGACUGAAUCACAGUACGAUUUCUUUCUUCAAUUUCUUGAAGCCCGAGAGCUUGGUUUCCAAGUGGAGUCGUAUUACCUUGAAUGCUUCUAAGGUAGGAAAAGGUUUGUCCGAAGAUGCCAAGGCACAAAAAUUGGCCUUUCAGCAUUGGAUUGAAGCUAUUGAUCCGCGGCAUCGUUACGGGCAUAGCUUGCAUUUGUACUACGACGAGUGGUGCAAGGCGGAUGCUGGUCAGCCAUUUUUCUACUGGUUGGAUGUUGGAGACGGAAAAGAUUUAGAUCUUAAACAAUGCCCAAGAUCAAAGCUGCGACAACAGUGCAUCAAGUAUCUUGGACCUCGAGAGAGGAGGCAUUAUGAAUAUGUAGUAGUUGAAGGGAAAGUAAUUCACAAACAAACUGGAGAUUUCCUUCAUACAAUGGACGGGUCAGACAGGACUAAGUGGAUAUUUGUUAUGAGCACCUCCAAGAAACUCUAUGCUGGUCGGAAAAAGAAGGGAGAGUUCCACCAUUCUAGCUUCCUGGCUGGAGGAGCUACGUUAGCUGCUGGAAGGCUAGUGGCAGAGCAUGGAAUUCUGAAGUCCAUCUCUGCAUAUAGUGGACAUUACCGGCCAACAGAUGACAAGCUUGACAGCUUUUUAUCUUUACUCAAGGAAAAUGGUGUGAACCUUAAUGAAGUUCAGAUAUAUAAGGCAAACGAAGACUCUGAUAGUUAUGAUGACAUCAAAGUGGGAGGUGGGGCUGCACUUGAAGUCUUGACAAACUCAAAAAUCAACGACUUGGAAGUUCCAGAGAAAGAGAAGGAAAUCCCGUCCUUAGAAUCAAUUGAAAUUCCUCACACUGAAACUAAUUACAAAAGGACUUUAUCUGGCGGUCUUCAGAGCCCGAGAGCUGAGGUGCCUAAGACUGCAAUGUUGCAACGAAUCAAUUCCAAAAAGGUUGCAAAAUCAUACCAAUUAGGGAAUCAGCUCUCACUCAAGUGGUCAACUGGAGCUGGACCAAGAAUUGGUUGUGUUGCUGACUACCCUGUAGAACUGAGAGUACAGGCCUUGGAGUUUGUCAAUCUAUCUCCAAGAUUUCCACCCACACCUUCAUCCUACAGGCGAAUGGCUGGUCUUACAUCACCAAAUGCAUCACCUUCAACACAACCCGCCUCGGAUCUCAGUAAUGGCGAUGGGACCUCUGGCGAUUGAAUCCAAAAAAUAUCACCACGUUUUUUAUUCCUGCCUAAUGGAUGCUUUAGUGUACAUAUUUCGUAUCUCAUCUGUUCUGCAUGUCACCUCAAACCCUCUUGGAAUGGUCAAAGCAUUAUCUUGUUUACAUAA